UGAAGAGAAGAGGAAACUAGGGGAGGAAACGCGGAGAAAAGGGAAGCGAGGGGGGGAGAGGUGGUGGUGGUGUUGGUGGUAGUGGCGGUGGUGGUGGUGGCAGCAGAGGGGGAGGGAGAGGAGGAAGAGGGGGGAGACGGAAAGAGCAGAGAGCUGCGCUGGAUGUAGCUCAAGCUGUGGGCCGGGGGCUGAGCGACCGAGCCCGGGCUGCUCCGCGGAAACAUCCAUGGGUGGCUGUGUCGGGAGCCACCACGACUCUUCCGGCAGCUUGAACGAGAACUCGGACGGUACCGGAGUGGCUUUAGGGCGUAACCAGCCCCUGAAGAGAGAGCGGCCUAAAUGGAAAAGUGACUACCCCAUGACCGAAGGCCAGCUGCGCAGCAAGAGAGAUGAGUUCUGGGAUACCGCGCCGGCGUUUGACGGCCGCAAGGAGAUCUGGGACGCCCUGCGAGCCGCGGCCAGUGCCUUUGAGAGCAGUGACCACCUGCUGGCUCAGGCCAUCCUGGACGGAGCCAGCAUCACGCUGCCCCACGGAGCUCUGACUGAAUGUUACGAUGAACUGGGGAAUCGGUACCAGUUGCCAGUUUACUGCCUCUCUCCUCCCGUCAACAUGAUCGAGGAGCGCUCUGAUGAUCUGGACUGCUCCGAUCCCGACUCCGGGGCCGCGGACCCGUCCACGGGCGGCACCGGCGAGUCCGGCUCGGUGGGAGAACGCCAGCUCCGGCUGCGGCUCUCCACCGGCCGCGACUUGCGCCUCCCGGUGCGCUCCACGGACACAGUGGGCAUGAUGAAGCGCCGGCUGCAGAGUCAGGAGGGAGUUCCUGCCCCGACGCAGCGGUGGUUUUUCUCAGGUCGACCGCUGACCGACAGACUGCGCUUGGACCAACUCAACAUCUCCAGGGACUACGUGGUGCAGGUCAUUCUCAGCCAACCACCAGCGUCACCAGAGCCAGUCACGGCAAAAGGACACAUGCAGGAGGCAUCUGGACCGGCGGCCGUGGAGGGAGCGGUUCCUCUGCCCCAGGAACCGACCCCGGUGGAGAACUAACUCCA